UUUGGGUACAAUCUCUUGCUAAAGCUCUUAAUAAAUGCUAACAUUUCCUAGAAUCAAGCAGAGAUUGUGAUGCUAACAUAUACCUGCUGACCCUUGGUAUGAUGAGUGUAGGCAAGACAAGUCUUAUCAACAGAUAUGCCAAUUCAGAGUUCAAAGAAAUAAUGCAAAGUACUACAGGGAUCUGCAAUGUAGAGACCAUCAGAUCUAUUGAUGGAUCUCAACUAGGCUCAUCGAAACCUGUCACAAUUCUAGCUAAACUUUGGGACACAGUCGGGCAAGAGAAAUUCGAUUCUAUCCCUAAACGCUAUUAUAAAGGUGUUGAUGGGAUUCUCCUAGUGUAUGAUAUUACUGAUUCAACUACAUUUGACAAGAUAAAUUAUUGGAUGAAGCAGAUAGCCCAGAACGUGUCCUCAAUCCCGAUCAUAAUGGUUGGGAACAAAACAGAUAUUGAAUCCUUACGAGCCAUGGAGUACCAGGAAGGAAAAUAACAAGGCAACUGAGUUAGGACUUGAGUUUUAUGAGGUCAGUGCAAAGUCAGGUGAAGGGGUUAAUGAAGCAUUUGAUCAAUUGAUCAUCAGAGCUCUCCAAAACUCACCACAAAAACUUAAUCCAAAAGCCAAGAAGAAUAGCAGGAAAAAUAAAGUUGUCCUCAAGAGUAAGAAAAAAAAGAAUGAAAAGAAGGCAAAAUGAAAGUGAUAAAUUUCAAUUUAAA